UUAGUUUAAAUGAGGAUGAGGAAGAAGAGGUGGGGAAGUUGGUGAGGAAGGGGGGGAUUUACUGAACAUCAUGGACCUCACCAGCGCAGAAUGCAUAGAAGCUUCUGAGCUUUAUGGGCCAAGCGCUUUAAGUGAAGCUGAAAUGGACAAAUUUUUGGGCGCUGCAGGAGGAGCGGCCAUCCUUAAGAAGCCAAGGAAGAAGUCAAGGACUUCAACCAAACAAGUGGAUGAGGGAGGAGUUAGAAAGGAGGUAGUGCCUAGCAUUUCAGCCGAGGUGGAGGAGGAGGAGGAGCCACAGUUGGAGUUGAAGAGGAAAAGUAGGAAGGAAAGAGGGGCACUUCAAAAGAAGAAGAAGGUGGUGGAGGUGGAGGAGGAGGAGGAGGAGAAAGGGAGCGAGGUACCUAGGCCUCCUCCUGUUGAGCUCGACCCUGAGCUUAGGGAAUUUGAGGAGGGGGCUGAGGUACAAGCUCUUGGCAAGGGAAAGGGCCUUGUUCCCCCAUUGUCUUUUCAGAGCAACCUGUUCGAGGUGACGAACAUGACGGGGGCUAGGAGAUUUAUCAACGCCACCUUCCCCGAAGUGGACGGGGCUAGGAGGUUUAUCAACGCCACCUUCCCUGAAGUGGACAAGCGUCACGCAUGGGACGAGGCUCUGAGGUACUGUGGGGCUUCGGUGGUGAAGCACGUUUUAGAGGUGAAUGGUCUAGCCCAAGAGUUCAUGGAUAGUGUGAAGGAGUGCUCCCUCUUGCAAAGGCAGUGUGACCAGCUGCAGAAAGAGAAGGAGGAGCUGGAGAAGAAGAAUAAGGAACUACAAGAGGCGCUAAAUGAGGUGGUUCCAACUGUGAAACAGCUAGAGCAGGAGAGGGCUUCCCUGAGCACCAAGCUCGUCUUUGAGGAGAGUAAAUGGAGGAUCUUUGAAAGCGAGCGUGAGGCUCAGGCGAAGGAAAUAACGUUGAUGAAGGAUGCUUUCAUGGAGCUGAAGGAGAAUGUGCAGAUGUUGGUGCACAAUGGGAUGAAGGAGCACAUCAACAACUUCAUUAGCUUUAGCUCGUUUGACAACAUCGUCAACUUAUACUGGUUACCAACUGCCAUCAUUGCUUUCAUGGACUGUAGAAAGAAGGUGAAGGCUGAAUAUCACGAAGUGGAUAUUCCAAAGAUCACCUACGGUGAGCAAGAAGAAGGAGUGGAGGAGAACAGUGAGAGCAUUUUAGCAGACUUCCGUCCUCAGAUCAAACUGAGGUUGGAUCAUGAUGUAGAUGGACGCGCUGUUUUCCCUCCAAAGUUCGACUUCGAGUUCGUUGCAGUGGAGGAAGAAGGGGCAGAGGUAGAGCAAGACGAAGUGGAGGCAGGAGUGGAAGGAACUGAAGUGGAUGAGAGUCAACCAGUUCUAGAAGUGGAGAUUCAUCUAGUUCCUUUUGACGAUGAGUAGCCUCCUCUGCCAGACGAGCAGCAGCCAACACAACCACCUCUUCCAACUGAGCAGGAGCCAGUUGAGCCACCUCCUCCAACAGAGAAAUAAUUUCUGUUUUUUAAUUUUUUGUUGAUAUUCUAUUGUAAUAACAGUAAAACAGUUUGUAAUAC